CCUUUCGAGAGCGCUCAGCCCUCGCAGUGCGGACUCCACACCGGCGCUACGUUUUUACUUUUACACCGCUGGUAGAAACUUGUUCGCGAUGACCGCCGUAAAAGCUCUGAACCCAAAAGCAGAGGUGGCCAGGGCCCAGGCCGCCUUGGCGAUAAACAUCAGCGCCGCCCGGGGACUCCAGGAUGUCCUGAAGAGUAACCUGGGACCGAAGGGGACCAUGAAAAUGCUGGUGUCUGGUGCAGGAGACAUCAAGCUGACCAAAGAUGGAAACGUCUUGUUACAUGAGAUGCAAAUUCAGCACCCGACAGCCUCACUCAUCGCCAAGGUUGCCACAGCGCAGGAUGACAUCACAGGAGACGGGACCACCUCCAAUGUCCUCAUCAUCGGUGAACUGCUGAAGCAGGCUGACCUUUAUGUGUCAGAGGGUCUUCACCCAAGAAUCAUUGCUGAAGGCUUUGAGGCAGCGAAAGAGAAAGCACUGGCUGCACUGGAGGAGUUGAAGGUGACUCGUGAAAUGGACAGAGAGACCCUCAUCAACGUAGCACGAACCUCCCUCAGGACCAAGGUCCACACAGAACUGGCAGAUCUGCUGACAGAGGCUGUGGUUGAUGCUGUGCUUGCCAUUGCUAAACCCAAUGAGCCCAUUGACCUGUACAUGGUGGAAAUCAUGGAGAUGAAGCACAAGACAGACUGCGAUACACAGCUGAUCAGAGGUUUGGUGUUGGACCACGGUGCUCGUCACCCAGACAUGAAGAAGAGAGUGGAGGAUGCCUACGUGCUGACCUGCAACGUCUCACUGGAGUACGAAAAGACUGAAGUCAACUCUGGCUUCUUCUACAAGAGUGCUGAGGAGAGGGAGAAACUUGUGGCUGCAGAAAGGAAGUUCAUCGAGGAUCGCGUGCAGAAGAUCAUUGCCUUCAAGAACAAAGUCUGUCCCAAUGGCGAGAAGGGUUUUGUCGUCAUUAACCAGAAGGGUAUUGACCCAUUCUCCCUGGAUGUUCUCGCCAAGGAAGGAAUAGUGGCCCUGCGUAGGGCAAAGAGGAGGAAUAUGGAGAGGCUCACCCUUGCCUGCGGUGGCAUUGCGAUGAAUUCAGUUGAUGACCUUACACCUGAGUGCUUGGGAAAUGCUGGACUGGUUUAUGAGCACACACUUGGAGAGGAGAAGUACACAUUUAUCGAGAAGUGUGGAAACCCCCGCUCAGUCACCCUGCUGGUGAAGGGACCCAACAAACACACCCUCACACAGAUCAAAGAUGCUGUAAGGGAUGGCUUGCGGGCGGUCAAGAAUGCCAUUGAAGAUGGUUGUGUCGUGUCAGGCGCGGGUGCAUUUGAGGUGGCUGUUGCAGACGCUCUCGUAAAACACAAACCAAAUGUGAAAGGCAGAGCCCAGCUGGGCGUGCAGGCAUUUGCAGAUGCUCUCCUAAUCAUCCCCAAGGUUUUGGCCCAGAACUCUGGCUAUGACCCCCAGGAGACCCUGCUGAAGCUGCAGACAGAGUACAAAGAGUCCGGUCAGCUUGUUGGAGUGGAUCUGAGCACAGGGGAACCCAUGGUGGCAGGAGAAGCAGGUGUAUGGGAUAAUUACAAUGUCAAGAAGCAGCUUCUCCAUUCAUGCACAGUGAUUGCCAGCAACAUCUUGUUGGUGGAUGAGAUCAUGCGAGCUGGAAUGUCUUCUCUAAGAGGUUAAAUGUGUACUGAAGAAGCUGCAGUUGUUAUCAUACAUACAGGGAUAGUGACAGUUGAUUAAACUUGUUGCCCCUCUUGGAACUUUGAAGCACCCCAGUCUGAUGGACAGUCUGCCAUAGACGCCACAGCAUCCAUCACAGCAUCUGUCAGGAACCAUUGUUUUGCUAGUCAUGUUCUUUUUCCAUGGAUUUGUCAAUGUCUCCCUCUGAUUGGUUUAUUUAUGAGAUUUUGUUUAAAAAAAAAGCACUGACCUCAGCCACUCAGUUUUGUUUCUAGCCAUUAAAGGUUUUUCAGCUCUUGAAA